AUGCAACAAGAUCAUGGUGACCUCAAGGAGGAAGAAGAACCGGGCGAAGAUUUCGACAACCCUCUGGCCGGCGCGGAUGGGUUCACGAAGAAGAGGAAGAAGAAGCCCGCGGGCAAGCCGGUCGUCAUCAGAAAGAGGGCUCCCGUGGAGACUCCCGAUCCGACUUGGGAUGGACAGCCGUCGAGCCUUCUUGUCAGGGAACUCAAGGGACACACUGCUCAGGUGACGGGUGUGGCCUUCAGCAACGACGGCCGCUUCGUGGCGACCGCUUCGGAAGACAGGACUGUCCGCAUCACUUACCUGGACACCAUCAAGGAUUCGUCACCGCGAUACAUCCGCGUGGGCAUUGAGCUGGACCACGUUACGGCCCUGGCCUUCAGCGACAACAGCAAGAGGCUCGUCUGCGCCACGGCUAAGAGCAAGGAGAUUUGCUUCUACACCAUCCCCACGGAGAAGGAGAGCAAGGCGGGGGGCGGCAAGGUGGAGCUGCUCAAGAGCUUCCCGUCGGGGCACGAGGAGCCCGUCACCAAGAUCUUGCUGCUGGACGUGGACAAGUGGAUGGUCAUCGUCACCUGCGCGUGCGGGUCUACGGAGACCGGCAUCAGGUUCUUGAACCCCAGGGGGGACUGCCUCGCAACGCUCGACACCAACCAGAGAACCAACUACACGAUGGAGGCCUCAGCGGACAACCGAUUCCUCGCUGUUGGAGCGGGCCUGCCGGAGGUGAAAGUGCUCGAAGUAAGCAGAAACAAGGACGGGGAGUUCAGCCAGGUGGCGAGGGCCAUGACGCUGUCGGGUGUCCACACGAAGGGGGUACACGGGGUGUCCUUCAACCCUGAGUCCACCAAGGUGGUGACCGCGUCAAUCGACGGAACUUGGGCGCUCUGGGACACCUCUGUCCGGUACAACCUGGACGAGGACCCUCGCAAGAUGGAGCAGCACGCCUGCAAGGACGCCAUGAACUCCAAGUACUCGGCCGCCGCCCUCGGCGGCGAGGACGCCAAGGUGGUGGCCCUCUCCUCCGGGAGGCACAUCUUCUUCUUCGCGGUCGGGGAAGGCAGCGGCAAGCAGGUCGAGAGCGUCGGAGCGGCGCACGGCUCGUCGGGCACUUCCAUCCUGUCGAUGUUGGCCUCCAAGGACGGGAAGCUGCUCGCGACGACAGCGGCGGGGGACUCGCGCGCGCGGCUGUGGAGGUUCCCGCGAAGCAGCGGCGACGCCAGCAACAGCAGCGGGUAA